AUGGAUGAUCUUAUCACUCACGUGAAGGCCGCCACUGCAAAUUCCGAUGAAGCAGGACGAAAGAAGAUGAUCGACGAUCUUAGAGAUCUUUCUAUUGAAUUGGAAACUCCAUGGGACUCUAUGCAGCGUAUCAUGUAUCUGCAAUUUCAAUUGACAGGCGCUCAGAUUGGUUGUGAUAUGAAGCUCUUUGAGAUCAUGGUGGCGAAGAAGGAACCAAUGACUGUUGAGCAGCUAGCAAAAGAGACCGAGUCAGAUCCAGCCUUCUUAGUUCGCUUACUCCGAUAUCUUGCUUCUGUACGGAUGGUUCGAGAGACUGGCAAAAACACUUUUGAAGCCAGCAAGGUCACCGAAGCUUUGGCUCAAAAGGGCUACAAAGGUGGUAUUGGCCACUACUUUCAUUCACUUGGCCCUACACUGCAAGCUACGCCUGACUAUUUGGCUGAGAGAAAAUAUCGGAACAUCACAGAUAACACUUGUGCACCUGCUCAGAUCGCCUUCAAAACUGAAGUCCCGUACUUCUACUGGAUUCAAGAACAGCCUAGACUAAUCAACUACUUUGCCGAUUUUAUGGUAGGUCAACGUGGCGAGAUGCCAACCUGGCUCUCCAAGUACCCAAUCGAAGAGGAGACCAGGGACUGGAAUCCUAAGGAGCCUGUCUUUGUUGAUGUCGGCGGUGGUUUUGGACAUAAGUGUUUGGAGUUGAGAAUGGAGAAGCCAAGCGUCCCUGGUCGCGUGAUUUUACAGGAGCUUGAUCAUUCUAUUAAGAAUGCACUUCCAAUGAAGGAUGUGGAACUCGAAGUUCAUGACUUUUUCACGCCUCAAACAGUCAUAGGUGCAAAAUACUACUAUAUGCGCAACAUCCUUCACGACUACCCCGAUGAGAAGUGUAGUAUCAUUUUGAAGCAUUUGAAAGAUGCAAUGGGUCCAGAUUCGGCCAUUUUAAUUGACGAGAUGGUUAUCCCCGAGACGGGCGCUCACUGGCAUGCAGCCCAGAUUGACUUGGUGAUGAUGACUGUCCUCGCAUCAACUGAGCGAACCGAAGGAGAAUGGCAUGCACUUUUAGCAUCUGUUGGUCUUGAAGCAAAGAAAAUCGUCAAAUACACCGCUUCUCUCGGAGAUAGCAUAAUCGUGGCGGUUCCAGUCUGA